AACCUGUUCAAGAAUUAGAAUUUUUUUUUUUAUAGACAUUGAUGGGUCAAGAUCUAGAAAAACCUUGUUAUUUAUUUAUAUUUAUUAUAUCAUAUCAUUGCCCAAUGCUAUACGCCUGAAUCCCUCUAGAAUUCAUUCGUUAGCUGGCUAUUGGCUUGUGAUGUGCCAUAAUUAACUUACACAUUUUCACUUUUCACUUCCGUGUUCCAUUUAAUACAACCUAGUUUUAUAAUAAUUUUAUAUUGAAAAAAACAUAAUGUUGGGUUUAAAUUUGAUUUGUCGUAAUUUCUCAACAUCAAUUGCUCGUGCUGCCAUCAAGAAUGUUGUUGUUGUUGGAGGUGGAUUAAUGGGUUCUGGAAUUGCGCAGGUAGCGGCUCAAACUGGACAUAAUGUAACUAUUGUGGAAAUCAAUAAAGACAUUCUAGACAAAACUGAAAAGAGUAUUCAAACUAGUAUACAAAGAGUUGCUAAAAAGGUCUACAAGGAAAAACCUCAAGAUGGCGAAAAGUUUGUAAGUGAAACUUUAUCACGCAUUAGUUCUUCGACAAAUUUACCUGAUGUUGUACAAGAUUGUGAUUUAGUUUUAGAAGCAAUAGUUGAAAAUUUGUCUAUUAAGCACAAAUUGUUUCAGUCAAUAGAUAGUGUUGCACCAGCAAAGACUAUAUUUGCUUCUAACACAUCAUCAUUGUCUAUUGGUGAGAUUGCAUCAGUCACAAACAGAAAAGAUAGAUUUGCAGGUUUACAUUUUUUCAAUCCAGUCCCAGUAAUGAAAUUGUUAGAAGUUGUUAGAAUCCCUGAAACAUCCGAUGAAACAUAUGAAUCAUUAAUGGCAUGGGCCAAAGCCAUUGGUAAAACAGCUAUUACAUGCAAGGACACACCUGGAUUCGUUGUUAACAGAUUACUAGUUCCUUUGUUAGCAGAAGCUGUUAGAUUGAUGGAAAGAGGAGAUGCUUCUCCGAGAGAUAUUGAUAUAGCCAUGAAAUUGGGGGCUGGACAUCCAAUGGGACCUAUCGAGUUGGCAGAUUACGUAGGCCUUGAUACCACUAAUUUUAUAUUGAAAGGAUGGAACGAAAAAUACCCUGAAAAUCCAUUAUUUAAACCUUGUUCAUCAUUAGAAAAGUUAGUAAGUGAGAAAAAAUUUGGGGUCAAGAGCGGCGAAGGGUUUUAUAAUUACAAAAAAUAAAAAGUUAAGAAAUUAUUUUUACUAUUAUUGCUUAAUUUAUGUUUAAUUGGUUAUUUAAAUUAUAUAUUUUGUUAUAAGUAGAAUGGUGUAUGUAUAAUAUAAAAGUGAUUCAAUGAA